AUGGAGCAGAAGCUGGCGGAUUUCAGAGCCAGACGCCAGGCUGCUAAAAAGGAUAACAGUGCUGACCUGGAGUGCACAGCAGAGACAGAAAUGGAGACAUCUAAGACUGACACAAAGGAAACAUCAGACAGUCAGGACACAACACAGAGUGAAGAAAACAGAGACUCAACUCUGACUUCUGCAAAAAAGGACAGCGCUGACUGGAUAGCGGACAGUGCUUUUGGGAGGUGGCUGGCUUCGAGACACUUAGUCUUGUCAAACCUCACGUUGCUUAAAGUGCUGCUGUGGCUGGUGCUGCUCGGUCUGUUCGUUGAACUGGAGUUCGGCCUGCCUUUCUUCAUCAUCUCCCUCUUCUACUGGCUCUAUGAAGGACUCCGCAGCCCAGCUGCCCGCGAGCCCGGAGAACUGAGCGCUUACUCCGUCUUCAACCCGGACUGUCAGCCUCUGCUAGGUUCUCUCACUGCAGAGCAGCUGGAGGGAGAGAUGGGCUACAGACCUCUGGCCAACAGAUGAAGCACUUUGUUUUCUGAAGACGUAAACUUUAUCCAGGGAAUAAGAUCUAUGAUGUCAGCUCAUUUUCUCUGUGUAACACAUUCACUUCAGAUUGGUCUAUUUACAGCUUUACUCCAGAUGUAAUGCUAAAAAGUGAUUGUAAUAUAUGAUUAUAGAUUUAAAAUUCAUCUAUCAUUUUUUGACAUUCAAACUUAAUUUCCUACUGAAAGUUAGUUUGGUUAAAAAAAAAAUGGAAAUAACAUUUCGGUGUGAAAGUUGGAAACAACAGCCUUUAUACAGUCACUUAAAAAGAUAAGAAAGCUUAAUCCACAUGAGAAAAUUGUUAACUUUUGAAUAAAUGGUUUCCAAAGUUCAAUGCCUGUCUUCACACAACAUGGUAUAAAAAUAUAAUUCGCAGACUUUUGCCAAACUAUGGGUCAUCGCACAUUGAUUUCACCAGGGAUGUUUUUUAUGUGCAACAUGAAAUUUUCACAUUCAUUUAAAAUUGAAGAUUUUUUUUCUUACAACUCUUCAUAGGAAAUGUCUUACUAAAGGUGAUGGGAAUUAGGCUUUAGGGGAACAAGAGUUAAAUAUCUAUUUAUGAGGACUUUUGGUGGGGUUCAUCCCUUUGUUCCCGGGUCUUGCGUUUACUUUUAUUGUAAGAGAUGUAUAAGAGCAAUUUUUGCAUUUAAAGAUGGAAAGAACAGUGUUUCCAAUGCACUUAAAUUGUAAAAUUGUUCUUAUUCAAGUACAAGAUAAGAAGGCUGUAGGUUGAAUGGGUGAAAUAAACUGAGAACAUGAAAUC